AGGAGCUCACUCGGUUGCAGGGAUUCAAACAGCCAACCUUCUGAUCAGCAAGCCCAAGAGGCUCAGUGGUUUGGACCACAGUGCCACCGUCGUCCCUUUUCCAUAGGAAGCACCCCUAUACCAAGUCAGAUCAUUGACCCAUCUAGCUCAAUAUUGUCGACACUGGUUGGCAGUGUAUCUUUAGAAAUGUAUCUUGUCCGGACAGGCAAAGGUUUGGGUGUGUGGCUUUCAGCAGUGGGAGGAAAAGACCACAGAUGUUUGGGUCUUCCCAGUCCCUUGUGACCCUGCAAGACUAUCCAGUGAAGAGACUGCAAGCUGCCAAGCCAAGCCCAACUGUUCGGAGUGAAUCUCUGGCCUUGUGCACCACACGCCUCUGACGCAAGCUUUUGCAAAAACAAACAACCGCUUUGAUUGAUAAAGAGCCCGAUCAAUUGUUUUCCCUUCCUGAGCAAUUUGUGGUGGGUGCGCUUCUGUUCGUUUGGGCCGCUGGCAGCUAACGAGAGGCGGCUUAGUCUGUGUUUACAGUCAAGAAAGGCGAGCGCGCUGGCAGGCAAGGCCCAAAUGGAAAAACAAGGUUUUUAAUGAAAUAGUCAAGGAAAAGCGCAUGUGAAAACCCCGGGAUUGUUGCCCCGCGUCAGUGUCAAGAAAGCCCUGCAGGCACAGAGGAUUUUCCUUGGAGAUCCGUUGAAGACAAGCCCUGCCAUGAAGCCACUCGCAGAAGAAGCUGUGGAGCAAUACAUUCAGAAUAAGGUGGACCUGAGGCACCGAGCAGUGGCCAAAACUGUGGAUGAAGUGCAAAAAAUCAUACAACGGCUUACCAACGAAAUUAGCAACAAGGAUUCUCGUUUCCAGGCGAUUUCUAACUCUGGGAUUCAUAACGAAAACAUGAAGGUCUUAACACCCGGCCAGUUCCUCAUCACCGUCCCCUUGCUUGGCCUGUCUGGGUACAAAGAAGGCCAAGUACGGCAUUGGCGCUACUACACGACGCAUGGAGCCAAGCUCCUGUCCCCUGUCAGGGACCCGGAGGAGCUGCAGCAGUGGUUGGAAGUGGAGCAGUUCUCCAAGAGCCUCCAGCAGUGGCACGAGGCAGAUGUGAACAUCGAGGGCGACCUCGUGCCUGCCAAGGUCCUGGCCGUCUUCCGAGAACUUGUGGAGAAAGCGGUCGUAUCUCACAAUCUCACGGAGCGAGUCAGCAUUUUGGAAGGCUUCAGCUCGGUGGUCCAUGUUGCUGUGGAGACAUCCGACGUCCAGGUUGAGGUUGAGCUGGUUCCAGCCAUUGAGAUCCCAACUUGUUGGCCUCGGAAAAUCAAGUGGCCCCGAUGUUUCAAGCGCUGGCCUAGCCAGGAGAAAGUGCAAUGCGUCAAGUCUUUUGGCUUUGACCUCUUGGCCUCUUCCAACUACCACUGGUACCUGAGCUUUGCGAGAGCUGAGCACAUCCUGAUGCAGGGACUCGACGAGGACGGCGGCUGCCGCAUGAUGUGCUUCCGGGUUAUGAGGCAGAUGAAGGAAGAUGUCUGGUGUGCAGGAAACAAGCCAGUCCUCACCGCCUUCCACCUGCAGAUGGUGCUUUUCUGGACAUGCGAGAAGUACCCUCGCUCCAAGGACUGGUCCUGCUUCCGCAAAGGCUUCCUGCGGAUGGUGCGCAAGUUGCACAAAUGUGUGAGCCAGCACUUCCUGAAGCAUUACUUCAUCAAAGGCACCAACCUGCUGAAGUAUGCCAACACCAACGACCUGGAUAUGGUAGCGGGCAAGCUGGCUGUCUUCUUGGAGAACCCUACGCUUCCUCUGGACUGA